CAGCCACCAUGAAAAUAGCGUCUUUCAACAUCCAGAAGUUUGGACGAAGCAAAGUGUCCGACCCGGAGGUCCUACAGAUCCUGGUGCAGAUUAUCCGUCGCUAUGACAUCAUCGUGAUCCUGGAGGUGGUGGACAUCAGCGGCACGUCGGUCCAAACCCUCCUGGAUGCGCUCAACACGUCCAACGUGCCUCAUCACUACACUCUGAAGAUCAGCACUCGGCUGGGACGAUCCCACUACAAGGAGCAGUUUAUGUUCCUCUACAGGGACGACUUGGUGGACCUGGUGGGCUCGUAUCAAUUUGACGACCAGGUGACGGAUAGCGGCGACGUCUUCGCCAGGGACCCUUACAUCCUGAGAUUCCGAUGUCACCAAACAGUGUUGAAGGACUUGGUGAUGAUCCCCGUCCACACCAAACCGGAGGACUCGGAGACGGAGCUGGACGAGCUCUUUGACGUCUUUGAGCAUGUCAAGAUGAAGUGGCAAACUGAUAACGUGAUGAUCUUGGGCGACUUCAACGCUGACGGCGCGUACGUCUCCCAGCGCGAGAUGCAGCGCAUCCGCAUCCGCAGCGAUAAAAACUUUCACUGGCUGAUUGGAGAUGACGUCGACACCACGGCCAGCAUGGGAAACACCAAUACAUAUGACAGGAUCGUGGUCUACGGAGAUGACAUGCUCCACGCCGUGGUGCCAAAUUCCGCCAAACCCUUCAACUUCCAGAAAGUAUUCGGCCUCACCAAUGAGCAGGCGCUUCAGGUGAGCGACCAUUAUCCAGUGGAAGUUGAGCUGAGGUCUCUUACCACGCCACGACAAGAAAAUGAAGCAGGUCCAGUGAAUUUGGACAGUGAACUGCUGGAGUUGCAACGAGGAAACCUGCAAUUGGAGCGUGAGAAACUCAAGCUGGAGAUCCAGAUCUUGCAGAUGAAACUGGCCAAGAUGAGGCAAGGGGAUGAAGAACAACAACUGCUGCAUUACCUGCCACGCCAGCAGCCAACCUCGCGCUGCAAAAUGCUAUGAGAUCACAACACCUUGUUCGAUGUUUCGGGCUGAGGCUAACAGACUCGUUUACGAGUCAAAUGUGGAAGUUCGCAAGGUGAUGGUGACAAUCGUACAUUUCGAUGCCAUUCUGCUGAACAAUGAGACCUCUGAGUCAGUUACAGCUAAGUACAAUCACUUCCACCAGUUGAGUAAUUAAACAAGGCAUAAACACUUUUACCUCAGAUAAAUCCACUUUAUGGAGACAUUUCAUGACCGAUUGUUUUUUUUUUUCUGCAAGUUUUUAAUAUUUUUAUAUUACUACUAUAAUGGUACGAAUAUAGACCCUUGCGUAAUUCCGCACUGCCUUUUAAAGCAUGAGAUUUUUUUUUUUUUGCCAGCUCAAUUACUAUGUCCAUCCUACUGUAUCAAAACAUCAUGCAGCUGUUCAAUAUUUAUGCAUUUAUUACAUAUACACGGUAGUGUAGAUCUAUUUUUGGGACGUUGGGAUCUCUGUGCAAAAUGGAAUACAUAUUCAAUCUGUAGAUGAUCCAUGAAAUAUUUUGGGGAUGAGUAUGAAAAAAAUAUAGAUUUGAAAAACA